UAAUGUUUAUCUGAAUCGCUGACGUUAGACAUGGAAGUUUUGACUAAAAAAUAUCACCAAAUUCGCCAAUUGAGUGACUGGUUGAUGGAAAAGGAUGAAAAGGGAUUCGGAGCCAGAUUUUUCAGAUCAGUGUUUAUUGAAGGCUGUCUGUGUUUGUUGGGGAGAUGGAACACCCGGCUUCAAAUGGCGGACUACUGCACACACAAAACCUUUGGAAGAUAUAGUCAUGGAAAUAGUAAAUAGAAAGAAGACAUUUAGAGAGAGUAACAUUCUGACACUGGGAUAUGAUUUGAUGUCGUCUGCCCAUGGAGCCACUCUGAGUACCGGAAAUGUAGAGAGUCGCUACUGUAAUUCAAUGGUCACAAGACUCCUCACACAACCCUGGCGAGAGUUUCAUAAAAAGAUGGGUGACUCUGUUGUAACAUACCUGGUGGAAUUCACAUCCCUAUAUCUGGCCCUGCCAAAAGGUUGCUAUGUUCAACUGACUGCUCCACUGUAUAACACCUUCAAUUAUGAUAAGCAACUAGGAACCACAGAAAAUCAAGCAAAGCGAAAACUCGCGGCAUUCAAAACAUUUUGCAAUGGUCCUGAGCAAAAAAUAGGGAGAUUGCCUAAUGAUAAUAUUGUCCAAACACUGGCAGUACAAACACAUUGUGAUGGACCUAAGCAAAAGAGACGCAAACUUGCAAAUGAUAACAAAGUUGGUCCUACGGGAAAUGGAAGCAGAUCUGCUAAGGAUAAUAAGGCCAAUAUAACUGAAUAUACUAUGGGUAACAAGGGAGGCUUGACAAGCGAGGAGUGUCAAACAGAAAGAAAAAAUGGGUUGCAUCGCAGUACUGAAGCGUUGAAAGUGACAUCCAAUGUUGAAACUAGACAUCAUCCCAGUAUUGAAGCAUUUACAAUGCCAUCAAGUGUUAAAACUAGACAGUAUCGCAGUACUGAUGUUUUGAAAGUGCCAUCAAUAGUUGAAACUAGGCAGUAUUCCAGCAUUGAAGUGUUGAAACUGCCAUCAAAUGUUGAGCCUAGACUGCCUCCCUGUAUUGAAUCGUUGGAAGUGCCAUCACAUGCUGAAAUUCCACCUAAAACCAGUACGAAAGAGAAGGUCAAAGCAAAUUCAAUACCUUGUAUCAGAACACACUUACGCAGACCGACUGUAAUUCUUGAAAAGAAGAGUACUCUUUAUGCACGGAAUGCACGAGAACGAAUACUUGGAUCGGCAAGUUUAUCUACAGCCAUGAAAAGCGGACAAGCAGAUGGCAUGGUCACGGAAAUGCUUGGAGUGACUGAGGUAGACGCAUCUACAAGACAACUCAUUCAGGCAUACUUUACGGAUAUUGCCCAAAACUUAAAGAAGUGUCCUUUAAAAGCUCUGCUGAACAAGCAUUGUCCUGUUGGAAAGGUUAAUUCGUCAACAACGAACAGAAAGGUGCUAGGUAGAAAACACGGGUCGAGCAUGAAGAAUUCAGCAACCCAAGUCCACCUGUUGAAUUCCAACCAUCAACAUAGGCAUGUGUUCCUGUUUAUUCGGGCUUGCAUUGUGAGGGUAGUCCCUGAUGAACUACUUGGCGGGAGUCACAACAGGAACCUGUUACUCAAGGAUAUUGCAUGGCUCAUAUCAAGUGGAAAACCUGACAAGGUUUCACUGGAGAGGCUUACGUCUGGAAUGAAGACAAAAACCAUAGUCUGGAUGAAGAACGUACCUUGCAACUUGUGUAAGCUAAGCUUGCUAGGCAGACUCGUUUAUUGGAUCAUGUCGAAGUUCGUCUUUGUUCUUCUACGCACUUUUUUCUACACCACGGAAACGACUUUCAUGAAGCAUAGAACAGUGUACUUCAGACAAAGCACAUGGACUAGACUCCAUAUCCUUGGAGUAGCAGGUUAUUUUAUGAUGCUUGUUCUUAAAGUCAUAAACACAUGCUUAGAAUCAGUUUUUAAUGAAAUUCAGUAUUUUCAGCGUCUUGUAAAGCAACUCCUGGACACUAGAUUAGCAAUAGGUGUUUCAUCACUACGAUUUGUUCCGAAACCCAGAUCACUACGACCAAUCGUCAACAUGGGAAUAAAGACAGCAAUGUCUCCUUUACAGGUUCCAAUUUCAAUCAACCAACAAUUAAAAGACACACACUGUUUUGGAAACGACGACAUUUACACGGCUUGGAAACAAUUUGCGCUUAAAUGGUCCAAGUCCGGAAAGCCUGAGCUAUACUUUGUCAAGACAGACAUUGCUAAAUGCUAUGACUCUAUGGUGCAGACAAAGGUUUACGAGAUAUUGGAAAAGUUACUAAACCAGCAUGCAACUGAAGACAUCAUUGUGCGAAAAUACUUCUCCUAUAGAAUAAAAGAGGGAAAAACUUCAAGACAGUUUCACAGAGACGCGGCUAGGGCUUCCGAAUUCGUCAAAGAGUUUCCUCAAUUCUUGGAAGAAAAAUCAGAAACAUCAAAAAGCAGAAAUGUUGUGUAUUCGGAUAAAGUCAUUUAUCACCAUCAAACAGCCGACUCAUUGCUAAAGACACUCCGUGGCCACGUGUUUAAAAACAUUAUCAAGAUUGGAACACGAUAUUACAUCCAGAAAUUAGGCAUUAGCCAGGGUUCGGUUGUGUCAACACUUCUUUGCAAUUUUUACUAUGCUGAGAUGGAAAAGGAGUUGUUUGAUCUUCAGGAUGGUGACCUUCUCAUUAGGAUUGUGGAUGACUACAUGUUUGUAUCCCCAUCGUGUGAAAGAGCAAAUGGCUUUCUGGAUCUGAUGCUUAAAGGCAAUGCAGCUUUUAACUGUUUCACCAAUGAAGAGAAAGUUCUAACUAAUUUCACAGCGAACAACCACCAUUCGAUCUGCGUUCUGGAAGAUGUAUGGUUUCCAUGGUGUGGCCUCAUGUUCAAUGUUCACACGCUGGAAGUUUCUACAGACUGCUCCAGAUACUCGGGAACAAGAAUGACCGAUUCAAUGUCGUUUGACCUUACAAAACAACGAGGUCUUGCGGUGAAGCAGAAACUGACCUACUCUAUACGACAGAAGUGCCAUGCCAUAUUUGUUGAUAACGUUAUCAAUUCCGAGACUCAAGUGCAUUUGAACAUAUUUCACUUGAUGCUGCUUAUCAUGUACAAGUUCCACGCAUGCGUAAGAAAACUUGAAGCCAGUCAGCGUGCAGAUGAUAAUCCAAAAUUCUUUCUGGAUGUUCUCUUCGCCAUGAUAGAGAUAGUGCAUUCGACUGUUUGUGAUGUUCAGGCAAUCUCCAAAACCAAUAGAAAGGCGGUCUUCUCUGAUAUUUGUUGGCUGUGUUUGCGCGCAUAUCAAAUGACAUUCCAACAUAAGCAAUGCUUUCCACGCCUGAAGAAACUUGUUCGAUCUGAGAUGAUACGAAUCAGAAAAUCCAUGCCAAAAGUGACUGUCAUCAAAUUACAGGAAACCAUUGAGUCUGAUUUGCCAGCAGUUUUCCAUAAUGUGUUGAUGUAAUGUUUUUCCACAGUAUUCCACAAUAUUUGGUAUAUUUGUUUGCCACAGUAUUCCAAAAUGUUUAGGUAUAUAAGUUACCCACAAUAUGUUGGUGAACUGUAUUCCACGAUUGUAAAUAUAUAUAUAAUUAUACUGAGAUACCAUUUGUGAUGUUUAUGACUAAGAUGUACAAUGAAUCGGAGAAAUAUAAAUUAUUGUGUAUG